AUGUUCUACUCUCAUGAUUUGCUCCAAAAGAGCGGGCCGCUCGCUCGCGUCUGGCUCUCGGCCAACAUUGAACGAAAGCUCUCCAAGAACCAUAUUCUCCAGUCCAAUGUCACGGACAGUGUCGAGGCAAUUAUCACACCCAACCAGGCGCCGAUGGCCCUGCGACUAAGCAGUCAGCUGUUGCUUGGUGUGGUACGAAUCUAUCAACGAAAGACGCGUUACUUAUUGGAUGACUGCAAUGAAGCCAUGAUGAAGAUCAAGAUGGCUUUCCGAUCCACAGGAAACAAUGAUAUGGCUGUUAGCUUGCAGCUGCCCAACCGCGAGGCCCUGACGCUUCCGGAUAAGAUUACGCCCUACGACAACUUUGAACUGCCCCCACCGCCCGACGCAAAUUGGCUCUUGUCGCAAGUGGAAGAUGUCUCUACGAGUCAGGUUGGUCGCAAGGGUCGUCCCAGCCAAAGAGAUAUCAACCUGCAGGAAGAGUACGACAACAGCCAGUUUCUUAAUGGUGGCUUUGGCGCAGAGGAUGAAAUGAUGGCAGGUGCCAAUACUAUCGAUCUCGGCUUGGAUUUUGGACUGGAAGAAGAGGAAGAAGACCUAACUGCUGAGGGCGAAACCUCUCUUGAGCUACACGGGCCUAUGAUUGUCGACACCGAAGGAGAUAUUGCCAUGGGUGGCGAUAUGGAGUUUGGUGUCCCCCAGGAAGACCUGACCGAGAUGCCCAUGAUGCACUCUCCUCCUCGCGAGCGCAUUUCCGAGUCACCACUCUCCGAUAUUGACGAGGAGGUCGCCGCUAAUCUGGAGGAGGAGUAUUCGAGACACCAGAUGACGGAUCUUUACGAACCCGACCACGAAGCAGAGGAGACUCUUGUCCGACGACCCGCGCAACGCGCCAGGAAGCAGAAAAUCCUGACGCCUGACGAGGAGAUUGCUCUCUCCAGCAACCACAUUAAGCAACAGCAGGCCAACCGAGACAACAUUAUCAAGGAGGGAGGGUUCCUUCCUCGUGAUCCCUUCUUGCUGGCUUUGAUGGACAUGCAGAAGAGUGGUGGAUUUGUCUCAUCAAUCAUGAUGGAGGGACGAAGCUCUGCCUGGGCCCCUGAACUACGCGGAAUGCUCUCACUGGACGCCGUUCGCGGCUUGAACGAGCUGAAGCGGAAGCGGGAUAGCGGAAUCGCCGAUGUCGAGAGCGAUCACGGUGCGUCCAAGUCUCCCCGCCUGGUGCUCGGCGAGGAUACGGAAAUGGGCUUCGGUGAAGGCGGCCUUGGUGGCGACAUGAGUGUGUCUCCUGAAGAGACCCAACUUGAAAUCCCCGGUGAUGAUGGAGGCGUCCCCCCUGAGCACUUGGACGAGGAGGAGCCUGGCACCCCCAUGCCUGGCUUUGAAGACACCACUUACCCUCUUGUUCACCCUACUGAGAGCGGUCCUGUGUCGAUGGGCACCAAGCACGCCGUUCAUGUCCUCCGCGAUAGAUUUGGCGCCGAUGCCGCCGACAGCCCUGGAAAGCGACUUGAGAGAGCGGUUAACUUCCAGACCCUCUGCCCUGAAAAGGUGACCAGCAAGGCUGAUGCCACCAAGAUGUUCUUUGAGUGCCUGGUGCUCGCAACCAAGGACGCCAUCAAGGUUGAGCAGGGCUCGGGACUCGGAGACGAUAUCCGGAUACGGGCCAAGCGAGGUCUUUGGGGAGCCUGGGCCGAGAGGGAGGCUGGCGGCGAGAUGGCUCAACAAGACGGAAACGAGCCUGAGCCUGCCGCUGUGGUCGCCCCUGCCGUGGCCGUGUCGGCGUGA